ACCUUAUUGAAACUUCUCCUUCCUUCGAAGGCCGCCGAACUACGACAAUCUUGGUUGAUAUUGGUAAAUUUCUCUCGACUUGGAAGCCGACCAUGGCAGAUACGAACCGCGCAAGGACCCGUCUUCGCAAGGCCUUUCGCUAUCCAGAUGAAGAUGAUUCCUCCGACUCCCUGCCGGAAGCAAUAGACGAGCAAGAACAAGAAGCUCUCAUCCGGCGUCUGGCUGCCGAAAACGCCGCCCGCGAUAUCCAGUUCCAACGCCUCCUCCUCGCCCUCCCCCUCUUGUCUGCCAUCCCCUUCCUCGUCGUCGAUCCCUUCUCCUCUUCUUCGUGGCUCGCCCUCUCCUCCCUCCUGUCGACCGCCUAUCUACUGUAUGCCCUACCCCCCGCAGAGACCGGCAUUCCCUUUCUCGACGCCGUGGUCUCUCCCAGGAAGACCGCCCUCCGCGCUCAGAGACGCGCCGCCGCCGCCCCCUUCCUCCCGCUGUCGGACAAGUCACCCCUGGAGGCCUAUUUGCCGUACCUAAAUCUAGCACUCUGCGCCCUGGCCGCCCUUUCUUCGGCGCUGUCUUCCGGCAAAGCCAAGCCCGAGGGAUUGAUCAAGCUCGGGUACCUCCCGACGCUCGUGUAUUUUCUCGUACUGGUGGCCAAGAUGGCUAUGGGCGGCGUCGAUCCUGAGGGCGAGCUGGGGGUGUUGCGGUAUGGUUAUAAAGGGGCAUGAUACAAGCCGUCUGUUGAAAAGUGUUGAAAUAAAUACCCAACUGGU